GCUGACAGGUUGGGUGGGGGAGGGCUGGCACAGAGCCAGCUGUGCACCAGGCAGAUCCCCCCCACGCACCCGACUGGGAGGGGCCGGGAGACUCAGCCCCCCUCCGUCGCUCCCUGGAGCCCAGCUACUGUAGGGUCUGGCUCUGCAUGGCACCCAGUGAGCUCCCCCCUGACCUCCACAGCCCCCCACCCUGCCGAGAACCAUGGGGCACUGCCUGUCUGCUACUCGUCUAAGGAGUCAAUCCUGAGUGGGGCGGGGGUGGGGCAGACACCCCGUAGUGGGCAGGGCAGCGUGAUGCGACGGGCUACGGUGCUGGCCCUGCUGACCGUGGUGCUGGUCUACCUGGUGAGCGGCGCCUUCGUCUUCCGCCUGCUGGAGCAGCCGCAUGAGAGCCGCCAGCAGGAGGCACUGCAGGUCGCCCGUGAGCAGUUUCUGCAGAGAUACCGCUGCGUGCCCAGCCAGGAGCUGGACACACUCAUCCUGCAUGUCAGAGACACCAUGGGUGCCGGUGCUGACCCCACAGCCAACAGCACCAAUGGCACCAGCACCAACUGGGACAUGGGCAGCGCCUUCUUCUUCGCUGGCACCAUCAUCACCACCAUCGGGUUCGGUAACACAUCCCCCAAGACAGAGGGGGGGCGUCUCUUCUGCAUCUUCUACGCUCUAGUUGGGAUCCCGCUCUUCGGGAUGCUGCUGGCUGGGGUGGGCGACCACUUGGGCUUCUCGCUGCGCCAGGCCAUCGGCAAGGUGGAGGAUAUCUUCCUGAAAUGGCAGGUGAGUCCCACCAUUGUGCGGGUUCUCUCCGCCCUGCUCUUCAUCCUCAUUGGCUGCAUCCUUUUCGUCACCAUCCCCACCAUUGUGUUCCAGCGAGUGGAGGGCUGGACCCUGCUGGAAUCUGUCUACUUUGUGGUCAUCACGCUGACUACCAUCGGCUUCGGGGACUAUGUGGCAGGUGAUGGUAUGGGGGACAAGCACCCCUGGUACAAGCCCCUGGUCUGGUUCUGGAUCCUGCUGGGCCUGGCCUACUUCGCCUCCAUCCUCACCAUGAUUGGCAACUGGCUGCGGGUGUUGUCCCGUCGCACGCGGGCCGAGAUGGGGGGCCUCACCGCGCAGGCUGCCAGCUGGACAGGGAAUGUGACGGCCCAGCUGCGGGUGACGGGCAUGGGGCUGCCUGAGAAGCUUCAGAAAGUGGGGACGCUGAAGGGACACCCACCCUCCCCUAUGCCCCCGGAGCUUCCACCUGCCACGCCUUCUCCACCACCUCCCUUGCCUCGCCCGGAGCUCCCCUCUCCCAGCACCGCCCUGCAGGUGGCGCAGCUCAACGCCCGCAACAUGGCCGCCUCAGCGGGGGGUGGCCUGCGCCCUAUAGACUACAUGGGGGAGAACCUGGCCUUCAUCGAUGAGAGCUCCGACACCCAGAGCGAGGCGCCCACUGAAGGGGGGCUGCAGGCCAAGCGCCCCCGCCAACUCCGCCGCCUGCGUACCCGCCACACCCACGGCCAGCCCCCCGGCCUGCCUAUGGACCUGCUGAGCCGCACUCGCCACAAGGGUGAGGCGGUCUAGAGGGGAGUGGAGCGACACCUGCACGGAGACUGCCCCCCUGCAGCAUGGUGCUACCUGGGCCCCCAACAGCAUAGAGACUGCCCCCCGGGCUGUCAGCUGGGCCUACCUGUCCCCCAUGGUACCAAUGGGGCCCCCCAACACAGACCUCCCUUCCCUCAUGGUACCAACUGGGCCACCCAGCAUGGAGACAUCCCCUCCCCUGUGAUGCCAACUGCCCCCCUGCUGCCAAACUGCCAACCCAGCACUGAGACUGCCUCCCCCACCCCGGUACCAGCUGAGCACCCCUGGCACAGAGACACCAUCCUCCAUGGUCCCCUCAAGGUGCCAACUGUCCUCCCCAGCACCAGACCCCACCCACACCCAGAAAAGGGAUUUGCUCCCAUCCCCUUCUUGGUACCAGGAGACCCCCUCCAAUACCGGGAACCCCACUGCACACAGACACCUACCACCCCAGCUCAGAGACUAUCCCCCUCCCCUGGAGUGUCUGGGGGGCAGCUCGUGGGGGACACUCCUGUCUCCCCCCAAAUCUGUGCCUCAUUUGCCUUGCGGGAUGGGUCCUUAACCCCCCCAAAAGGGGGAGGGAUCAAACUGCCAAAUGAUAUUCUGAACCCCCAAACUCCUGGGGGUUGACCCCUCCCAAAUCAACUAGGGGGAGUUUAUUGAGCCAAAUAAGGGGCGAUGCUGUUCCCUGCUGCCUCCCCUCCCCCUCCGUGGUGUAGGAAGUGGGGGUGUCCACCCAGUGAUCCCCCUGUGUGUCUGUCUGUCCUGUCGCCACUUCCCCCCCCCCAUCCACACACACAAAGGUGCCUGUUUGACUCUGUUCGAUGGACAAUUUUUUGUUUUGUUUUUUAUUUUCCAGAUUAAACCAAAAUCUGAAUGAGA